CGCUUGCGACUGGGCUGACGCUUGCGGCCGGCCAUCGAGCUCAAAAACCGGCCUGCCCGCAGCCUCCUGCAGGCAUCUGAUCCCGCCCAGCGCACUGCGAGCCAUGCUGCCACCGGCUCGUCUCUUGCCUCGUCUGAGGCUCUGUUCCAGCCAAGCCCGGCCUCGGGCGUCCUUCUCAACAGCAUCCGGUGCCCUCUUAGGGCCGUCGUCGCCCGGCCGCCUCGCUUUCCUGGAGUUGAAUGCAUCGCAUCCCGAGCCCCCUGGAGAGCUCGAGCUGUUUGUGGAGCCGUCGUUUCUAUCGCCCGAAGAGCAGGAGCGACUUGCCAAACUCUGCAACCGCAAGCUGAAGCGGCUCUGCCGCGACGGCUAUCAGGACGGACAUUACGACGGAGUCAUCAAAGGCUACAAGGAGUGCACCAUUUCGGGAUGGAAUCCAGAUCUGUCAUCGUCGACAUCAGAUAACCAAGACGAUAUCUGGUGCAGAGAGAUCAUCGGCCGAGCAGAACGAAGAAUCGAGCAAGUUGUGGGCGAACAGCGAAAGCGAUGGAUGGAUCCGCACCUUCUUGAGCUUCGAGACGGCAACAGCGGCAUUGGUGCCCAUGUCGAUCAUCUAACGGCUUCGGGUCGGAUCGUAGCAGGGAUCUGUCUUCUGACACCGGCUGUCAUGAUCUUCCGGAGAAGGGACACUCCAUCAAAGCACUUCAAGACCCUGCUGAUGCCCGGAUGUCUGUACUUUCAAAGGGAUUCGGUUCGUUACAACUACACUCACGAAAUACCCAUCGAUGGUGCCGAGCACACCUUCCACGGCAAGGAGAUCGAGCGACACCGACGGAUUGUUGUUCUCAUGCGCGACGCUCUUUCGACCAGACAACCCGGCCAACGAUGAGCAGGCGGUGCGCUUGAUCCGAGACGGACAUUGGAGUGUAUUUAGGCAACGGCCUUAAAGCGAUCG